AAUCCAGUUCCGGUUUUCCCAGGGUCCAAGAGUUCCUGCUGCUCUCUCUCUCUCUCUCUCUCUCUCUCUCUCGCUCUCUCUCUCUCUGAGAUCAGUAAAAAUAUCUCCAAUGGGCCGUACUGGCUCUCUCUCUCUCUCUCUCUCUCUCUCUUCACCUUUACACAUUAUGUCUGCACUGACGCCUCUCAUUUCGCUCCUGUCCAGCUCGGCGUUGGUUUAAUCUCGGAAAUAUGGAUUGGCUUUGAUUUUCCUCGGUCGCCUGUUGAAGUUUUAAAGCCCAUUUCUCCGGCGGAUCGUGCCUCUGCUCAGCGAGCUUCAUGUUUCCUUCGGCAACUUUCGGAAGUUACUCGUUCCGGAUGUGUUCACACUGUUGAACUGAUCCCUGCGCGCGAUCCGAAGGAUUUUAAAUACGGAUUGUGUUCGAGGCUUUUCACACUACUUUUAUUUGUGUUUAAAGUGAUGGCGGAGCGGGGAGCCCGGCUGCUCCUCUCUCUUUUCUGCAUCACGAUCACAAUUUCACAUGCUGAAAAAGGAUCAGCAGUGAGGAACUUCAGCCCAUUCCAGUUCUCCACGGAGCCGUCAGAUACGCUGGCAGUGCGAGGAGCGCCGGCGCUACUCAACUGCUCAGUCCACAGUGAGUUUCCUGCCAAGAUCGAAUGGAAGAAAGAUGGCUCUUUCCUCAGCCUGGCCUCAGACGAUCGCAGGCAGGUCCUGGCCGAUGGGUCUCUGCUCAUCACCUCAGUGGUCCACUCUAAACACAAUAAACCUGAUGAGGGGGUUUACCAGUGCGUGGCCACUAUUGACAACCUGGGCACCAUCAUAAGCCGAACAGCUAGACUCAGUGUCACAGGUAUACCACGGUACCUGAGUCAGCCGGAAGCCGCAUCAGUGCGGAUGGGUGACAGUCAUGUGCUAAACUGUGAGGUGAAUCCAGACCUGGUGUCUUUCAUCCGCUGGGAACAAAACAAAGAGCCAUUGAAGCUGGACCAGAGAGUCUUCACACUGCCCAGUGGUGCUCUCGUCAUCAGUAACGCCACCGAGGCAGACGCAGGCCUGUACCGCUGCGUGAUCGACAACGCUGGGCCCACCAAGACCAGUGAAGAAGCAGAAAUACAGAUACUGCCUGAAUCAGGGGAAGAAAGGACCCUGGAGUUUCUCCUGGAGCCUCAGCAUGUGUCUAAAGUCGUUGGAGAGAGCGUUCUGCUCCCCUGUGUGGUGACGGGACAUCCCACAGCCUACGUCACAUGGACGCACAAAGACCAGAUCAUUGAGUACAGCAAGGGCCGUUUUGAAGUGCUUGGCGGAGGCAGUCUGCGGAUCUUAAGUCUCACGGAGAAAGAUGCCGGUUUGUACAGCUGCAUGGCAGACAGUGCCAAUGGAUCCAUAGAGGCCCAGACUGAGCUCUCAAUGAAAGCUUCCCCGCAGUUUCUGAAGAAACCAGCUAACAUAUAUGCUCAUGAAGCCACAGACGUCACAUUCGAGUGUGAGGUCACCGGCUCACCCGCUCCCACCAUCAAAUGGGUGAAGAACGGAGAUGCUGUCAUUCCCAGCGACUAUUUCAAGAUCAUUAAGGAGCAGAACUUGCUGGUGCUGGGGCUGGUCAAAUCAGAUGAAGGUUUCUAUCAGUGUUUAGCUGAGAAUGACGCUGGCAAUGUGCAGUCCAGUGCUCAGCUCAUCAUAUUGGAUCAAGAUGUAGCCAUCCCCUUCCCCCCUCCCACCUCACUGACCUGUGCCACUACUGACCGUCUAAUGCCAGGCUCCAGAGGCGGCGCUGGCCCCACACCCUCCGCCCCCCGUGACGUUGUGGCAUCCCUGGUCUCCACCCGCUUCAUCAAGCUGACUUGGCGCCUUCCUGCUGAACCGCAUGGAGAUGAAGUCACCUACUCAGUCUUCUACAGCCUGGAGGGCAAUAACAGGGAGAGGAUAGUGAACACCAGUCGUCCAGGAGAAAUGCAAGUCACCAUUCAAAACCUCAUGCCAGACACCAAGUACUCCUUCCGUGUGGUGGCCCACAACAAAAACGGCCCUGGAGAGAGCUCAGCGCCCCUGAGGGUCGCCACCCAGCCUGAAGUCCAGGUACCUGGCCCUGCUCCGAACCUACAGGCAGUGGUCAUGUCCCCCACCACAGUGAGUCUCAGCUGGGACAUGCCCCUCACAGGCAAUGGCGAGAUCCAAAACUACAAAAUCUAUUACAUGGAGAAGGGCAUGGACAGCGAGCAGGAUCUGGAGGUGAACACACUGUCCUACAGCAUGACUGGACUGAAGAAGUUCACAGAGUACAGUUUCAGAGUGGUGGCCUAUAACAAGCAUGGACCUGGAGUGUCCACUGAGGACAUAUCUGUGCGCACAUACUCUGAUGUCCCCAGUGCUCCGCCACAGAACAUGACGUUUGAAGUGCUCAACUCUAAGAGCAUCAUGGUCAGAUGGCAGCCUCCGCCAGCAGAUGCCCAGAACGGUGAGAUCAUCGGCUACAAGAUCCGCUACAGGAAGGGUACGAGGAAGAACGAGGCGGCGGAGAUUACAUCAGGAUCGCAGCUCUAUCAGCUUAUAGAUGGUCUGCAGCGAGGCACUGAAUAUAUGUUGCGAGUGUCUGCUAUUAAUGUCAACGGCACAGGUCCGGCCACAGACUGGGCCACUGCUGAGACGUUUGAGAGCGAUCUGGAUGAGACAACUGUGCCAGAUGUCCCAAGCUCCUUGCACGUGCGGCCACUUGUGAACAGUAUUGUAGUGAGCUGGACGCCCCCGGAGAACCAGGACAUUGUGGUGAGGGGUUACUCCAUCGGCUAUGGGAUCGGCAGCCCUCAUGCCAAGACCAUUAAAUUGGACUACAAACAGAGAUACUACACCAUUGAGAACUUGAAUCCCAGCUCGCACUACGUUAUCACACUGAAGGCCUUCAACAACGUGGGGGAGGGAAUCCCUGUGUAUGAGAGCGCCGUCACUCGACCCCAAUCAGUACCAGACCCUUUACCCAUACUGCCUCCCGUGGGUGUUCAGGCGUCCGUUCUAAACUACGACACCAUCAAAGUCACCUGGGCGGACAACUCGCUGCCCAAGAACCAGAAGAUCACAGAUGCACGUUACUACACAGUGCGCUGGAAGACCAACAUACCCGCAAACACAAAGUUUAAGGUGGCUAAUACCACCACACUAACUCACACUGUGACGGGUCUCAAACCUAACACCUUGUACGAGUUCUCGGUCAUGGUGACCAAGGGCCGGAGGACCAGCACCUGGAGCAUGACUGCACAUGGAACAACUUUUGAAGCAAUCCCAAGUUCUGGACCAAAAGAUGUGACUGUAGUGAGCAAAGAGGGCCGACCACGAACCAUCAUCAUCAACUGGCAGCCACCUUCAGAAGCCAAUGGCAAGAUAACAGGUUACAUCAUUUACUACAGCACUGAUGUGAAUGCUGAGGUUCAUGACUGGGUCAUUGAGCCAGUAGUGGGGAACAGGCUUACCCAUCAGAUUCAAGAGCUGACCCUUGAUACCACCUAUUACUUUAAGAUCCAGGCACGCAACUCUAAGGGGAUGGGUCCCAUGUCUGACGCCGUCCAGUUCCGCACUCCUAAAGCUCCAGGUAUAUUGGUGAAACAAGGAAGACCCUCUGCACCAGAACAAGGUUUUGGAUCAGUUGAUAUGUCUGGCACUGGUGAUAACCACAUCCUUGUUAUCAUCAUAAUUGUGUCUGUGGGUGCAUUUACCAUCAUCCUGGUGGUGGUUGGUGCCUUCUUGUGUACACGCCGUACCACAACACAGCAGAAAAAGAAACGUGCAGCCUGCAAGUCCACCAAUGGAUCCCACAAGUAUAAGGCAAAUUCCAAAGAUCUGAAGCCACCAGACCUCUGGAUCCACCACGAACGUUUGGAGCUAAAACCUAUCGACAAAUCGCCUGAAUCCAAUCCAGUCAUGACUGACACACCAAUCCCCCGAACCUCCCAAGACAUCACCCCAGUGGAUGGGUCUAUGGAUCCUAUGCUCCAGAGACGCAACUCCUAUCGUGGCCAUGAAUCAGAGGACAGCAUGUCUACACUAGCUGGCCGUCGGGGAAUGAGACCUAAAAUGAUGAUGCCCUUUGAUGCACAACCCCCUCAGCCUGUGAUUAGUGCUCACCCCAUCCAUUCCCUCGAUAACCAUCACCAUCAUUAUCACUUGGGCAGCCUGGCCUCACCAACACACAGCUAUCUCCACCACCAGAGCAGCACACGGUCCAUCGCCACCCCCAUCUCUCAUCUAGACAGGGCAGAGUCCACAGAGUCGGUAAGGAACACCCCUAGUGCUGAUCUGCUCCCUCCGUCUGGGCAGCUCUCCUGCACCACUGACCUUUCAGAGACAGACAUAAGCUACCACAGUUCAGCCGCUGAGGAGGAGCCAGUAUUCACUACGCCCACAGCACAUGUUCGUCCCACGCACCCACUCAAGAGUUUUGCAGUGCCUGCCAUCCCAGCUCAUCCCAUGUAUGACUCGGCAGCAUUACCCAGCACUCCACUGCUGUCUCAGACAGGGCCUCACUCAGUUAAAACAGCCUCUGUCGGUACGUUGGGAAGGACAAGAACUCCUAUGCCUGUCAUAGUUCCAAGUGCACCAGAUGUCUCGGAAAGCAGCAGACUGUAUGAAGAUACAGGGAGUUACCUUUGACCAUUCCCUCAUAAACCCAGUUCCCCAAACCCCAGCUCACCCCAACCCCGCCCUCCCCAGUAACCUUCUUCAUCUCCCUCAGAAUUAUGAGACGGACGAGUUGACAGAGGAAAUGGCCCAUCUGGAGGGCUUAAUGAAGGACCUAAACGCCAUCACGACAGCCUGAGCACAAUCCUCACAAUAACAGUAGACCUUACCUGCCACGUGGAGGACGUACAGCAUGGAGGAGUUCUCAAUCAUUCGCUAAAUGGAGAGAGGGAAGAGAGUGAGAUAGAAAAAAAAAACACUAAUGUUUGACAUACCUUGCUUACUCUCAGGAAGGAGAACCCCAUUAAAUGAGGACAGUUCUGAGAAAGGACAUGGUUACUUCAACCAGAUGAUUGUGAUUUUUCUCUCAGCAUCCUAAAACGUUUCCUUUUGUUUCAGUGGAGACCGUUUGAAAAGACACCAUUUUAUUAUCUGACGAAAAAAGGAAAACUACAUAAUGCUGGUGUACAUGUUGGGGCUUGUAAGGCACAAUUUACAGUGUUUCAUUUGUGUCUUUUCUUUGUAUGUUUUUGUAUCUAUAUAUAUAUUGCCCCGUUCCAUUGAGGUGAACGUUGGACAUCAUCCUUUUGUCCUUUUUAUUUCUGCAACUCAUUUUGUAUUACGCAUUUUGAUUGAUGUCUCUUUCUCUUUUGUAUGUUAUAUAAUGUGCCAUGUCUUAUUUUCUUAAACAUAUUUUGUAUUGUUUUAUAUGCAUAUACACUUAUCAGUUUGUAUAUAUGUUAAAAAUAGACUCAUUUAGUCAUCAAAGCGAUGUUUUUGACAUCUCACGACAGUUUCCGUUUAUUCAGACAUGCUGCUUUUUACUUUUGCUAUUAGAAUGAAUUUUUGCAGUUUGCAACUUCACUUCCCCCUUCUACAUUAUGCCUGUUUUAAAUGGGAGUUUCCUUCAGAUAUGCCUUAUUAAAUUUGCGUGGAAUGGCAGAUAUCAGUACAACUGGGAAAUACUUUUAAAAUGCUUAUCACACAACACUGUGAUAUUUAUUCUGUAAUGCAGAACUGUUACUGGUCACUCAGUCGAGUGGUACGAGAACGUAAACCUCCAUCACACAUGCUGUCAGACUUGGUGCUCAAACUCAAAACUUCAGGUUCUACAUGUUACUGCUAAAUGAACACAUUUGGUACAUUGGAAAGUGCUUUGAAUGGUUUAUUUACUUUUGCUGCAUCGGUUUGAAUUCUUGUAGCAAAGCUUACACAAACUCAAUGAAUGAAUGACAUUCACUGUGAGAUUUCACAGACAACAUUCUUGGCACUAAAUGCAACAAAGUGCAAGUGCAACAGACUUUUAUACUGAACUCCCAAUGCUCAUCUUUUAUUUUCCAUGAUAUUUCUUGUAUUCGUUUCAUAUGAAGUACUUGUAUAGAAUGUCAAUGUGUGAGGCAAAAAACCCAACUGUUCCUCUCCUGCUGGAUAUGGUUUUGAUCUGUAAUUUUACCCAAAGAAAAUAUGUAACAGCAAUCAUAAUUUUAUUGAUUUAAUGUCUCCUUGAACAUUUUCUUGAAUGUCAUUCUGACUGCAAGAAAUUCUGGGUCAUUAUAGAAACGUUAAAAAGCUUGGUAAAAACAGUAUGACCUAUUUGGGAUAACCUAUCAAGUUGUAAACAAACCUUUAUUUCACUUUUUCAGCAAUUUCAAGAAAAUGAAUUUUUUUUUUUAAAUAUCCUGUUUUGAAUAUAAAUCUCUAUUUGUGUAAUGUAGUGUCAUAGUUUAGCAUAGGCAGCUGGUCUUCUUUGUUCUUUUGCCUCCGAAAUCAUAUUUGAGCGGCAGGUUUUCAUGUGUUGCAUAUGCAGAAUUCUGUUGUUACUUAUUUCUGUACAAGGAUCUUCUUGCUGUCUCCAGAAAUUGUAUUCUUUUUUUUUUUAACAAAACCAAACACUAAGAACACU